GACCCCCCCCGCGCCCGAGGGAACCGCCCCCCCCUCCUCCGCUGGUGGCGAGGCUUCUCCUCCGGAGCUCCCACGAGGCUCCCGAGAGGGUGCGCGCACCCGCUCCCGCGAGGAUCCUUCCGAGGCCGAGCCCUUUGCGGGGUCCGUAGCCGUUCAGGCUCAAGCCAAGUCGGGCACAGUACUCUCACACUCACCCAGAACUACUACGUAACCUCACUCUGCCAUCACCCGUAGCCAAGCUCUUCCAUCGGCGCCAUGGUGGCCCCGCUGCUGCUGGCGCUGUGCGCCCCCAUGGCCGGGGGCAUCGCCCUCCAUUCGGACGCUGGGCACGCGGGCGGCAAGGCUGACGGGUUCAGCUCGGCCCUGUCGCAUCAGACCCUGGACUUCUUCCGCCAUCUCGAGAACGCAUCUUCGAGGCGGCCCGCGAUCAUGCCGCCAGGAGACGUCCGUCUGGCAUGGCAGUCGAGGCACACGCACGGGCACGCGAAUGGUGUUGCCAGUCUCCUGGACUUCGCGGACAGCGACGUGUUCCAGCCUUCCGACGAGUUCCAGAGGGCGGGCGAGGAGCAGGGCGAGGGCUCCGAGCUGCCCUGGGGCAUCGGCAUGCGGGGCGACUCGAAGCCUCUCUACGAGUACUCGGCUAUGCCCACGCUCGACGUCCCCCACUACGUCGAGUACAGCCUGGAGUCUGGGAAUAAUAUCCAGACCUUUAGCAGCGCUUGGCAGGACGUCAAGCUCAUAACGCAGGUGCUCGAGAACGUCACCAACGGCUUCUACUUGGACACCCACGGCGGGGAUGGCGAGACGAACAGCUACACGCUUCUGCUCGAGCUCACCGGCUGGCGCGGCCUCAUAAUUGAGCCCCUAAUCUACAAUUUCGCAAAUUUGUGGGGCAAGUUGCGGAAAGCGUGGAUAUUCCUCGGGUGUGUGUCUCCGACCUGGAACGCCACGCAGAUCGGUUUCGACACCGAGGGCGUAAUCGACAUGGAGAGUGGUCACUUCGUCCCGGCCUACAACAUUCCUACCUUCAUGGAGGAGUUGGGCGGCCGUAAGACUAUCGACUUCUGGGCCGUACACAAUGGCCACUAUGAGGCAGAGGUCCUGAAUGAAACCUUCCUUUAUUCGGGGAAGAACAUCGAGUUCGGGGUCGUCUUGGUCCGCUUCGAUGGUCGUCGUACUGGUCGUGGCUAUCAGUUCUUCGCUCAGCACAGGUCCAAAGACGCUACCGAAGAGCUCAUCUUUGAGAUCAUGCACAACGCCUCCUUCAAUUACAUCGGUGGCCUGGACGCGUACUGGAUCAACUAUGUCGAGCCGCGCUCUGGUUACAUGGACCAUGUGUGGGUGAACCCUGCGUACUUCGAGAGGCGCGGCCUCCCAGUCCCCUCGUGGUGCAAGUCGGCGCCCCCGCCCAAGCUGGAGUACACCGAUCAGAAGGCAGGGGCCGUCCCUUGGGACGCGGGCUACACCUACAAAGAGGAGGUCAACAAGGUGACGGCGUACAUGGCGAACGCGAAGCGGGCGGCCGCGGCGACGGAGUCGGCGGCCCAAGCGCACCGCGUGGUGGCGACCGAGCUGCCGUCGGCGAAGCACUGAGCUCGCCCACGCGAAGGAUGCUGGCGUCGCCCCCGGCGGCGUGCCAGCUUGGCCACGGCAGGCCGCCCCCUGCACCCAGGUCUGCGCUUCGGCGAGGCAGCAGGGAGUUGGCAGUGCCCGCUGUGGCCCGGCUGUGAUGCAGCAUCGUCCGAGGAGCUUCCCUAGAAGCUUCCGAGAUCUCCGUGCGCACUAGCGCCGCAGAUUGCUCCGGUUCUGCUGUCGCCUGCUUCCAGUUCUCGCCCGACUCGGGAGUCCUGAGCCAGGGCGAGGAGAGAUGAGGAGUGAGACGACCACGAGGACGAGGGGGUAGACGAGGGCGAAAAGGCAGAAGAGGAGGAGGACGAGGAGGACGAGUCUUACGGGCGCUGGCCUUGUUAUACAAGAGUCUGCUUCCAGGCCGUCGUAUAAUUCGAGGCUGCAGCGCUUUGCGAUCGUACUAGACAGCGGACUUUUUCCAGCCUUUCGGUGUGGUUUCUUCGCUGUCUAGGUUCAGUCGUGUGACUAAGUACCUCAGAAGAGCAGACUCGCACCCUGGAGGAGAAGGGGGUGACGCUCGCCGAGGCAGCUUUCAUGCCACUUCUAUGAGGCCCCGCUGCCCCCCCCCUCGCGAUCUGCUUGUCCUGAUGGAAAAAAUCGAGCCCCUGCGGGGACCUGGCAGGCAAAUCUGCACAGCACGUGACUGCAUAAUGUGUGCUCGCGUGUCUGUGAGAGGGG